AUGACAUUCAAAGGAUCUCCGUUUGAUGCACAAAUAGUAAACGACAGGAUCGAAGGAGAUGGAAUGUACACUUUUCCAGAUGGAAAUGUCUACGCUGGACAAUUCAAAGAUGGCCAGUUUCAUGGAUCAGGAACCAUUUAUUUUUGUAAUGGUGGAAAGCUGAGUGCAACCUGGACAUACGGUGUUGCGUCCAAUACUCAAUACACGUUUGCAGAUGGAUUAGUCUAUGCCACACAGGAUUGGACAUAUUGCACUAGCCAAGAUCGCCGGUUUUACUCGGAGCGAGUAAAUGGAUUCAUUCCAGGACAUCCACAAUUAAGCAAUGAUCCAAACGAAAAACUAGUUUUACCAAUCAUGACAAAAGAUAAAGGGUAUUGUUACUAUGCAAAAUCGGAUGGAAUGAUUCAUCCAUUUGAUUGCAAAAGUCAAGGCAGGAGUCCUGAUGAUAGCGAAAUGCAGUGGAUAUCAGCCAGAAUAUUGACAUGA